AUGUUCAUUAUUGCUAUUGGUGAUAUUCACGUUCCACACAGAUCACAUGGUAUUCCACCAGAAUUCAAGAAACUUUUAGUUCCAGAAAAAAUUCAACAUAUCUUAUCAACUGGUAAUUUAGUUUCAAAAGAAAUUCACGAUUAUUUCAAAGUUUUAACUUGUGAUGUUCAUAUUGUCAAAGGUGAUUUAGAUGAAAAUACAAGCUAUCCAGACACUAAAGUUGUAAACAUUGGUCAAUUUAAAUUUGGACUUUGCCAUGGUCAUCAAAUUGUUCCAUGGGGCGAUAAAUCAUCAUUAGCUGCUUUACAAAGACAAUUAGACGUUGAUGUUCUCAUCACUGGUCACACUCACAAACUUGAAGUUUUCGAAGCUAAUGGUAAACUUUUUGUUAAUCCAGGUUCAGCUACUGGUGCUUUCAGUAAUAUUUCAAACGAUGUUAUUCCAUCAUUUGUUUUAAUGGAUGUUCAAAGCAAUAAUAUUACAGUUUAUAUUUACAAAUUAAUUGAUGGUCAAGUUAAAGUCGAAAAAAUUGAUCAUGUUAAACAACAAUAA